CGGUCACACUGGAAAGCUAACAAAAAGGAGGAAUACAUUUUUUGCAGCAAUUAAAAAUGAAAAACUAGAAGGGGCGGCAUAAAAACAGAUAGUUAAGUGCUGUAACUAGGAAAUAACUUAAUACCGAUACCCUGGCAUAGUAAGUACUGGUAACUCCGCUGGCGCAAGCCGCCCUUUGAAAAACGAGAAAAGUGAAAAGCGUGAUCUACCGAGUGCAAAAGUGUGAACAAGAAAAUCCAGCGCUUCGCUCGGGAAGAGGAAGCAAAAAAAAAAUAAAGAAAAAGGAAAAGAGGAAAAAAGGAAUCCGGAAGCAAAGGAUAGACUUUGGAUUUGGAUUCGGAUUGUAGACAUUGUAUAGGAAUUGAUCAUGAGUUUUCUGCCGGGGGAGCCGGUUCCGCCCGGUUUCGAGGAGGAGGACGUGACCCGAACGGCGGUCAUUCAAAAGCAGAUCGAUAACUACAGCGGCGGUCCAUUGAUCGGCACCGAGUACACCAUCGAGCUGCACGAGCCGGGCCAACUGCGUCCGGAUUACUUCUGCGUGCUGUGCCAGACCUGCACAGACGGCCGCAGUGCCUUUGUCCACUGGACAUCGCAGGCCCAUCGCAUCAAGUACCUAAAAACGCAUUUCCAGAAGGCCCACGAAGUGCUGCAGCAGCUCAAGCGCACGCCCAACAGUGCCGGGGAUCUGGUGAUUGCCACCGGCAAUCUGGUCAAGUUGAUUGAGGAGCAUUUCGGUCGGUCACGCAAUAUGUUGACCUCGUCCGGGGAGGAUUUUCGCCGUUUUCGAGCCAAAAUGUGCAGCCAGGUACGGGAUACUUUCCAUUUUGAUGAGUGUGCCGGGCCUGAUUUUGCGGAAGAGGCUCAACGCCUGUUGCGCAGCUUGAAACCGGAUGAGCCUAUCAAGAUUAGCAUUAAGACGAAGGACCUGGGUCCCGCCGGCGAUAAUAACAGCAACAGUAAGCGGGAUGAUAGCAAUAUAAUCGCCCUGGACGCCAUCUCCAGUGAUGAUGAGAACUUUGGCGCUCCGUCGGCCCCAGUCGUUCAGAUCCCAAAGGCGAUGCUGCGCAAGAAAAACAUGGCCGAAGAUGCCAGCGGGCGGGGCGUGAAUCGCUCGCCUCCGCCUCCCGGCGGUGUGGUCAAGCCACAGCAGCUGCCCACGCCGAAGGAGCUGUCCAUACAGGCCUCCAUCAUCGCCCAGGAGCGCUAUAAGUGGGAGAAGUUCCGUUGCAUGCUUGAACUGCAGCUUAAGCAGCUGCGCGACGAAACGGAGACGUACGAAUCGAAUCCCGAGAAGCAUCCCGAUUACCCAGAUGAGUGGAAACAGUUCUGGAACCGGCGCUACAAGCAGCUGCAGGAGGAGAAGAAGUGCGAUCCGAAUCAGUACGAUUACAAGCCGGAGUGGAUUAGCUACUGGAAGGAUCGCCGCAUCAAGCUGUUUAACAUAUCGGUGAAUAAAAUCAAAAAGGAUCUCAAGGAGAAGUUCAAGCUGGGCGACGAGGACGAGGAGAAGACCAAGGAGCUGAUGGAGCGCUACAAGAUCCGUGUGGCCAGUCCAAGGGCGGCGCCGUCCACCGCCAGCGUUGUUAAUCGCCACAAGCAGAACUUUCGCAACAAUCGGGCGACAGGUGGUGCGGCUGCAGCACCUGAAGCUGUCAUUGAUAUUAGCGAUGAUGAGGUGACCAGUCCGCCGACACGUGGUCGUCCUCCCUUUGGUCGACGUUCCAUAUCCCGCUCGUUGUCACCGAAGCGUGGCGCAGGAGGACGUCGUCCCAUCCGGCGUUCCCGCAGCCGUUCGCCGCGUCACACCUACCGGCGUGGAUCAUCGCGCUCACGAUCGCGUUCCCGCAGCCUGAGGCGCAGAUCCCGGUCGCCGCUCUACUAUCGGCAGCGCGAACAUCGUGGUCACCCCUCCAGGGAGCGAGUCUCGUCGCCCGGCCACAGGGAUUUCGGGGAUCGCCGCAGCUUGGAGCGGGAGCGCUCUGCCGAGUACUAUUCCCGCACCGAGGGCUAUGCUCGAGGGCCACCACGUAACUACGAACAUGUCGAGACAUUCCGCGUUCUGGACCCUCGCGUCUAUCCCGAAUACAACAUGGCCAAGGUGCGCUCGAUUUCGCCAGCCGUCUCGUCCAUUAAGGAGAAGGAGAACUCCGAGCCCGUCGAGGAGGGCCCACUAACCGUGGUCAGUGUGCUGCGCAUGCUAUCCGCCGUCGAGGAGCACCUGGGCAGCCUGGGGCCAAAGGCCCUUAAUUUGCUUAGCAAGGCGCUGGCCAUGGAGAUGGUCAAGCCGAAUGCCGCCGACGAUCUGCUGCUGAACGACGAUAACUGUGUGUUCCUCGAGACCACCAAGGAGAAGCUGAAGGGCAUCCUCAUCGCCGAGGUGCUGGACGAUCCGCAAAAGGUGCGCGUGGUCAAGAAACUGAUCACCAACAUAGCGGCCAUCAUCUUCCAGGUGAACGCCCGAGUGGUUAGAGGAGCAGAAGGUAUUACCGAUGUCGUCGAGGCCAAGGUCAAGGCGAAUGCCAAUCCGGCGCCCAUUCAGCUGCCCUUCGACCGGAACGUGGUGGCCCCCAAGCUGGCCAAUGCUUUGGUACUCAAGGGCUACUACGACGUGAGCACCGGCGACAUGAACAAUCUGCUGCACUUGCUCGCGCUGCUGGUGAAGACGGACAAACAGCGCCGUCAGGUGGAUAAGAAUAAUGGCCUGACAUUCGAGGAGAUUCAGUCGAAGCUUGGCCUGCAGAAGGAGACGCCGGCCGAUAAUAUGGGCAUCGAUCUGGACGAGCUGAUGAAGGAGGUGGAGAACCAGCUGAACAAGGAGACCUUGGACGUGGUUGCCGCCGGCCCGGGAGCAGCGGCCAAAACUCAACCGGAUGCCGCCAUCGGCGGUGGCGGCAGCAACGGCAUGGAGUCACUGACCGACUCCGAUCUACAGACCCUACUGCAGAACUUCAAGUUCUUAUCGAACGAGGAACAGGUGCAUCUCAUUGGUCAUCUACGCAAGCUGGAGGUCCAGGAGCCGUCGCGCGUGGAGCGCCUGCGCAAAUAUGUGAAUCUGGCGGAGCUGAGUGGCGAUGGCGAGUCCUGCAGUGAUUUCCUGUCGCGCGUGGUGAACAUUGGUGGGGCAACGAAGGCGCCGGUAGAGAAAUCCAAGUCCACGGCUUUGGUAACGGGGGGCAUAGCCUCCUCCUCCUCCGGCGCCGCUAUCGCCUCAUCCGCCACCAAGAUUGUAGCUCUCUCCUCGCUGACCACGCGACGUCCCAGCACGGAUCGUGAACGGGAUCGCGACAUGUUCAACCUGCCCAUCAACAAGCAGCGACGCGGUCGAAACACGCCCAGUUUCAUGAUUGACGACGAUGAUGACGAAGACGACUAUAACUUUGACGAUUUGGUAAUGAAGGCGUGCGAUUCGAAUGGCAAUGGUGGCGCCGGUGGUAGCGGCGGCUCCAAAAAGUCUGGAAACGCGCCCAUUAUACCCGUGGAAUCAUCACCAAAUGCCCUUACUUUCAAGCCAGCUGCUGCCUCCAAGAUCUCGCUGAAGGACACCGAAAGCAUUAUAGCCAAUCUGAUGGGCACUUUAAGCAAGGGCGGGAAUUCUGGAGGAUCGAGUGGCGGCUCCUCAGGAGGUAAUCGCAACUUUAUGUUGAACCAGCAGCAACAGCAGAAGAAUACACCGCCUAAAGCGCCGAGUAUGGGUCAAAAGCCGGGCCAGAAUCAUGGCCAACAGCAGUCGGGUGUGGGCUAUUCCAAUCCGGGGUAUCCGGCACAGCAACAGCAGCAGCAGCAGGGCCGGAACUUUAACCAGGAACCCCAGCCCUCGAUGAACAGCGGCGGACCCGAUCCCAGCCAGUAUCAAAAUCAGCAGCCCUACGGCGGCGGCGGCGGCGGCUAUCAUCCGUAUGCGGGCAAUGGUGUGCAGCAGAACUAUGGGGGCAUGGGACCCGGACAUGGACACGGACCUGGCCAAGGAGGCUAUGGUGGCCAUGGCCCUGGCCCAAUAAACCCUUGGGCCAACAAUGGACCGCCGCAGCCGCCACCCUUCAAUCAGAUGCCCCAGAACUUUUUGGGCGCCCAGCAACAGCAGGCGCCUCCGCAUUAUAACAACAUGUUUGGUGGACGCCAUUAGAGCCAAUAAGUCUUAGAUCCUAACUAAUUUUAAAUCAUAAUGAUUUAAACAUAAACUAUAAACGAGAGAAAAUCCCUUGAAGUGCCCGUGUAUGCGCGUAUCUGCUAGUUGGCAAGUGAUUUGAAUACCUUUUUUUUAAGUCUGACACGAAUGCUGCUUUUUUUUGCUUACAACUGAAUGAUGCAAAUCAAAGGGAAUACAAAGCAAUGUAUCUGAACAGCAAAAGAAUAAAGAAACACAAAUGUUAACA